CAGAGUGUGUGAGUGUGUGUGUGAUAGACAGAGUGUGUGUGAGUGUGAUAGUCAGAGUGUGUGAGUGUGUGUGUGAUUGUGUGUGUGAGAUACAGAGAGAAAUAGAGAGUGAGAGAGAGAGGAGCCAGGCAAUAGCCGCUCCUCGACGCGCUGGGAUGCUCGUCACCAUGAACCCACGUCGCCCUCAUCUCGCUCACCUCGUCCUGCUGACGACGAUGUGGCUGCUACUACACAGCCGUCUCACACGCGCAGAAGAAGAAGAAGAAGGAGGAGUAGUAGAAGAGGUGGGGGCCCAGCAGCCCUCCACCCCGACCAAGCGCGGCGCGGUGGACGUACUGGCGGCAAUGGGGGUCGCCUCUCUGCCCCCCGGGGUGGAGCGAGCGGCUGGGAUGUGUGAGGCGCGGCGCGGGUCCAGCCUCGCCGACUCGGCGUUCCGCCUCUCGCGAGACGCGCAGCUCAGCGCCCCCACGCGGCAGCUGUUUCCCGACGGCCGCUUCCCGCGGGACUUCUCCUUGCUGGCGACGGUCCGCGCCCGACCCGGCACGCAGGCCUUCCUGCUGGCCCUUUACGACCGCACGGGGGCCCAGCAGCUGGGCCUGGAGCUGGGCCGAUCGCCACUCUUCGUCUACUCGGACCAGCACGGGCGGCCCGGGCCCGAAGGCUACCCCCUCUUCCGCGGGGUCAACCUGGCGGACGGACGGUGGCACCGCGUUGCCGUGAGCGUGCGUGGCACCAAGGUGGCGCUGCUCGUGGACUGCCGUGAGCGUUGGGCCGGCGAGCUGGCCCGGAGCGACGCCGCCCGCAUCGACACGCGCGGCGUCACCAUCGUGGGCACGCGCAUCUUGGACGACGAGCACUUCGAGGGAGAGGUGCAGCAACUGCUGCUCGUGCCGGACGCCGAUGCGGCCCUGCAGCAGUGCAGCUCGUACAGCCCCGACUGCGACACAGCGCUGCCUCGUGACGCUGAGCUGGACACGCGGCCACAAGCACAAGAACCUGAGCAGCAGCUGCCGGAGGGGGGCGACUUGUACAACUACGAUGACUACUACCCUGGCGGAGAGGAGGACACGGACGGAGGAGCCCCCCCAACGCCAGAGACCCCCACCGACGAGGGUGAGCAGAGCCUGGAGCCUGGCCAGCAAGCCCAGCAGCCGGGCCGGGGACAGCCGCCGCGGGCGGGAGACUCGGCUCCUGACGAGGUGGGCUUGGUGGGGCUAGACGAGGAGGAAGGGGGGGCGCCCCCCACCUCCUCCUCCUCCUCGGCGGGGGGCGACGACGUGGUGGAGGCCGAGUACGACCUGUCCGAGUACGACCCCGGCGACCUCGACCCCAAGGAGUACGACCCCAAGGAGUACGACCCCGGCGACCUUGACCCCAAGGAGUACGACCUCGAGGAGCUUGACCCCGAGCCUGACCUUGGCGGCGGCGGUCAUGACGGGUCCACGGAGGCCGUGGCGUUGCCGGCCGAGACGGAGGACCGGUUCGGAUUGCAAGGAGAGAAGGGGCAGAAGGGAGCACCAGCUGUGUUUGAGCCGGGGAUGCUGCUUGAGGGACAACCUGGGAAAGAGGGCCCCACGGGUCCCCCCGGCCCUCAAGGUCCCUUGGGCAACCCCGGACCGCGUGGAGAACCCGGAGAGAGGGGUCCGCCAGGUCGUGCAGGGCUGCCUGGGGCGGAUGGACUGCCUGGGCCGCCCGGCACCAUGAUGAUGUUGCCUUUCCGCUUCGGUGGCGCCGGGGUCGACAAGGGACCGGCCCUCUCCGCCCAGGAGGCACAGGCCCAGGCCAUCCUGCAGCAGGCCCGGCUGGCACUCCGUGGGGCUCAAGGACCCAUGGGCCUGACAGGGAGGCCGGGCCCAGUGGGCACGCCUGGCAUCCCAGGGAUCAAGGGGGAACGAGGAGACGAUGGGGUUCAGGGACCCAGGGGAGCUCAAGGCCCUGCAGGGCUGCAGGGGCGAGUGGGCCGGAGGGGACGUGCAGGGGCUGAUGGGCCUCGAGGUCUUCCUGGCAUCCCUGGCACCAAGGGAGAGCGCGGGUUUGACGGCCUACCUGGACUGCCAGGAGAGAAAGGCAACCGGGGAGACGCCGGCCCCAGUGGCCCCCAGGGCACCUUGGGAGAGGAUGGAGUGAGGGGCGACGAUGGCGAGCCGGGACAGCGCGGCUUGCCGGGAGAGCCGGGUCCACGAGGGUUGUUGGGUCCACGUGGAUCUCCGGGCGCCCAGGGAUCAUCUGGGGUGAGGGGUCUGGAUGGGCCUCCUGGACCGAAGGGGAACAUGGGCCCGCAAGGAGAGCCUGGUCCACCUGGUCAGCAGGGCACUCCCGGGUCACAGGGUCUUCCUGGACCCCAGGGACCCAUUGGGCCUCCGGGAGAAAGGGGUCUCACAGGUAAACCCGGGCUUCCUGGUCCAUCCGGAACCGACGGACCUCCGGGCCAUCCUGGCAAGGAAGGACCUGCAGGUGACAAGGGAGAGAUGGGAGUCCAGGGACCGCAGGGGAGCGUCGGGUAUCCAGGAUCACGCGGAGCCAAGGGAGCGGAGGGUGCCCGAGGACUCAAGGGCCACAAGGGUGAGAAGGGUGAGGAUGGCGUCGCGGGUGCCAAGGGAGACUCUGGAACCAAAGGCGAGCAGGGUGAGCUGGGAGCCGCGGGCCCCCGUGGUGAGGAUGGUGCUGAGGGCCCCAAGGGCCGAGCGGGCCUGCCCGGGGACCCGGGCCCCAUCGGCCUCACCGGCGAGAAGGGAAAGUUGGGAGUGCCGGGGCUACCGGGAUACCCCGGGCGGCAAGGCGUCAAGGGAUCUACCGGCUUCCCUGGGUUCGCCGGGGCCAACGGAGACAAGGGGGCACGGGGCCCAACGGGGAAGCAGGGACCACGUGGCCAACGUGGGCCCGCGGGCCCAAGAGGCGAGCGAGGGCCACGUGGACCCAAUGGAAAAACCGGACCCAAGGGAACCUCGGGGAGUGAUGGACCCCCUGGACCUCCGGGCGAGCGAGGUCUGCAAGGUGCUCAAGGCCCGGCUGGCUUCGGUGGGCCCAAGGGCCCUGCGGGACCCCCAGGCAAGGAUGGGCUUCCUGGGCACCCUGGCUCCCGAGGGGAUACGGGCUUCCAAGGCAAGACUGGGCCGCCGGGACCUGCUGGGGUCGUGGGUCCGCAGGGUCCCACGGGUGAGUCGGGUCCCAUCGGCGACAGGGGUCACCCAGGGCCCCCUGGGCCCCCGGGGGAGCAGGGACUGACAGGGACCCCUGGGAAAGAAGGAGUCAAGGGAGACCCUGGUCCCACAGGGGGCCCAGGCAAGGAGGGGCCCCCAGGGCUGAGAGGAUUCCCUGGGGAGAGAGGUCUUCCUGGGACCCCGGGAGCUGCCGGGCUCAAAGGAAACAUUGGGCCUCCUGGUCCACCCGGACCCACGGGCUCACCGGGAGAGAGGGGAGGUGCGGGAACCGCUGGGCCCAUCGGCCUCCCCGGCCGACCAGGGCCCCAGGGCCCAGCCGGCUCGGCCGGAGAGAAGGGAACUCCGGGAGAGAAGGGGGUGCAGGGCCCUGCGGGUAGGGACGGCAUCCAGGGACCCGUGGGGUUGCCUGGCCCUGCUGGGCCCCCCGGAGGACCUGGCGAGGACGGCGACAAGGGAGAGAUUGGCAGCAUGGGACACAAGGGACCUAAAGGUGACAAGGGCGAGCACGGCCCGCCGGGACCUCCUGGGCCACAGGGCCCCAUCGGACAGCCCGGCCCGGCCGGAGCUGAUGGGGAGCCAGGCCCCAGAGGGAUUCAGGGUCCGUUUGGAGCCAAGGGGGAUGAGGGACCCAGAGGGUUCCCCGGGUCACCGGGACCCGUGGGCCUGCAGGGACUUCCCGGGCCAACUGGAGAGAAGGGAGAGAACGGUGACGUUGGUCCCAUGGGUCCCCCCGGCCCCCCUGGGCCACGUGGACCCCAGGGAGCGUCAGGAGCCGACGGCAGGCAUGGACCCCCAGGACCACUCGGACAGCCUGGAACUCCUGGAGAUAAGGGCGAGCCAGGAGAGGGUGGCCAGGCUGGGCUGUCUGGAGGCCGGGGAGUGAAGGGCCCUCGCGGAGAGAGGGGGGAGAAAGGGGAGGGGGGCAACCCCGGCUCCCCGGGCGGCGCCGGGGCAAAGGGACCCGCUGGCGAGGACGGACCCAAGGGCAACCCGGGCCCGGUUGGAUUCCCCGGGGACACAGGACCCAGGGGAGAGGUUGGAUCCCCGGGUCAAGAUGGAGCUCCUGGAGAGAAAGGAGAGGAUGGUGAACAAGGACAGACUGGUUCUCCAGGUGUGACUGGUGAAGCUGGCCUGCCUGGGCCUACAGGAAAGAGGGGAGCGACUGGCCAGACGGGACCCGAGGGGAGGCAAGGAGAGAAGGGAGGCAAGGGCGAGCCUGGGGCUUUGGGACCGCCAGGGAAGACGGGCUCCGUGGGGUCCCAGGGCGUCUCCGGGAAGCAAGGGGCGGAAGGCCUCAGAGGUCUCCCGGGGCCGCAGGGUGAGCAAGGCAAGCAAGGAACACGAGGCUCAGAGGGGCCUCCAGGUCCUGUGGGCCCGCCGGGGCUGCCGGGACUCAAGGGCGACUCCGGAUCCAAGGGACAGAAGGGCCACUCCGGCCUCAUCGGCCUCAUCGGCCCCCCGGGCGAGCAAGGCGAGAAGGGCGACCGAGGCCUCAUGGGGCCUGUAGGCUCGCGGGGACCCAAGGGAGAACAGGGAAUUCCAGGCCCGGCUGGGCCAUCUGGCCCUGGAGGAUCCGCUGGCCACCCUGGUGCUCCAGGACCAAAGGGAGCUAAAGGUGCAUCGGGAUCGGCCGGGCCUAAGGGAGAGCUGGGUCCUGCUGGAGCCCCCGGACCCCCGGGCCCCCCAGGAGAGAUCAUCCAACCCCUGCCCCUGAUGAGCUCCAAGAAGAACCGUCGCUCGGUGGACGGCUCGCAGGCCGACCGCGGCGAGGGGCCGGAGGAGGCCGCCGGCGACCUCGGCGACCUCGGCGAGAUCUUCAACUCGCUGGGCGCCCUCAAGCGCGAGAUCGAGACCAUCAAGUACCCGCUGGGCACGCGCGACAACCCCGCUCGCACGUGCGCCGACCUCAGGCUCAGCCAGCCGGAGCUUAGCGACGGGGAGUACUUCAUCGACCCCAACCAGGGCUGCGCUGGGGACGCGUUCAAGGCGUUCUGCAACUUCACAGCGGGCGGGGAGACCUGCCUGUUCCCCGAGAAGACCUCCUCCGUGGCCAAGAUGGGCCAAUGGCUGCACGAGAAACCAGGGACGUGGUAUAGUGAAUUCGGCACCGGCAGGAUGCUGGCCUACGUGGACGCGGAGGGCGGUUCGCUGCCCUCGGUGCAGAUGACUUUCCUGCGCCUGCUGAGCGCCACGGCGCGCCAGAACUUCACCUACCUGUGCCAGCGCUCCGUGGCGUGGGGGGCACCGCGCGGCCUCGGCAGCGUCGGGGGGGGCGCCCCGGCCGCCGCCGCCCCCCCCGGCACCGCCCCCGGCACCGCCCCCGGCACCGCCCCCGGCACCGCCCAGGCGCUGCGCUUCCUCGCCGCCAACGAGGAGGAGAUCUCGCGCGAGAGCAACGCGCGCUACGUACAGGCGCUGCACGAUGGGUGCUCGUUCCGCAAGGGCUCCGAGCGCUCGGUGCUGAGUGUGCGAACUCCGCGCGUCGAGCUGCUGCCGCUGAGCGACGUGAUGAUCAGCGACUUCGGCGAGCCCUCGCAGCGCUUCGGAUUCACCCUGGGGCCCGUCUGCUUCCAGGGCUAGCGGGUGGCGGGGUGGGGGGCCGUGAAGAGGGACCCCCCCCCUCCUACGAUCCCCUUAACCCGGCGGGGGUUGCGUCGGCCGUUCUUGCCACGCGGUCGGCACGGAGAGAGAGCGGCGGCGGUGGCAGUGCGGUAAAGGGAGGCCUCCCCCCCCCCCCCCAC